ACUUUUAAUAAAAUAUAAAGAAACAAGCGGCUCCAGUUGCGCGGACGUUUCAAUGGCUAAUUAGUUUUAAUUAUAUUAUAAAAUCAAAGGCUCACCCCGCUCAAAUAACUUAAUCAAAGAUAUAGUAUGUACCAUUCUUUACCAUAAUAAUUAUAUCUUAAAUAAAGAGAAAAUUCUUGAGUGUAAUUCAGAAAGUCUUACUUUGUACCUAUAAGAAUUGGAACAUUCCGGAUAUGGAUUCGAAUAAUUUAGUGCUUUUAACAAUUAUUACAAUUUUCGGCUCUUUGUUGUUGAGAGUCCUUUAUAUUUUAAUUAAAAUAUACGCUCAGCAGAAUAAACUUAAUGGCGAAAAGAAAUCAUUAAAAGUUAUACUUUGCAUUGGAUCCGGAGGACACACUACCGAGCUAUUAAAAAUUGUAACUAAAAUGAAUUUAACCAAAUACAGCCCAAGGCUUUACAUGAUGGCUGACUCUGACAAUAAUAGCGAAGCUAAAAUUAACUCCGCUGAAAAGGAUACAAAGGACUAUCAAAUCUGCAAGAUUCCCAGAAGUAGAAAUGUACAUCAGCCAUAUAUGACAUCCAUUUUCAGCACUCUCCAUGCUGUUUUGUACUGUGUUCCACCAAUAUUAAGAUUUAGACCAGAUGUUAUAAUUUGCAAUGGCCCUGGAACAUGCAUUCCAAUUUGUUUUGUUGUGUUUUUAAUGAGAUGUUCUUACAUUCUAGAUUGCAGAAUAGUGUUUAUUGAAAGUCUUUGUAGGGUAAGAACUUUAUCAUUAUCUGGGAAGAUACUACAAUUUAUAGCCGAUAUUUUUGUAGUGCAGUGGCCACAACUUCAUAGGGUGUCUUGGAGAACUAUGUAUUUUGGUAGACUUACUUAAGCUGGAUUAUAAAAAAUAAAGAUAAAUCGAAUUA